AUGGCUACACGCUGCUUCUGCCAGUUUCUUCGCACGAACGAUUACAGUGGCAUUAGCGCCGAUGAGUGGCAGAUCAUGAAGGGGGCCCUCGCAAGUCAUCAGAUCCAAUCCGAUCUCAGUCACGCUACGGAACAGCCAACUAGGCUGACGGAGUGCGAGCGACGAAUAUUGACUGACGAGGUAGUCGCCACGAGAGCGAGAGCUACGGUCGAGACGGAUAGCGACGAGCCUGACCAGAGACUGCGCAGUCGUGGUACCCGCUCAGUCGUCCAGUCUGAAGGAGUUGUGCGAUCAAGGAAGAGAGCACACGGCCUCGAUCACAUCACACAUGUUCCUGCACAAGCCACUCCAGGCGAUCCAGGUAUCGCGGUACAGCCUGGUAAUCUAAAAGUCGUUGCAUCUAUGGGUCAACGGGUUUCUGGGUCAAGAAAACGCAAAAGAAACCCUGAACUCGACACUGGAGGCUACAGAGUACACAACACCAACGAAGGAUUUUUGAGCAAGCCAAGCAUCGACGUCGAGCAACUCUUGGAAACAUACGGCGGUUUGUCAGAACGGUCGGCGGCGGACUGGCUGUCCUACCCGAAAAAGUUUUUCCAGAUGGACGAUAUCCCAUCUGCACUUGGCAAAGUUAAUCGCAGAGCGAUCGACAGGGCCCUUUGCAUAUUUGGAGUCGCCGGGAGCUCUGAGCAUCACAGCAAGAUGAUCCAGGUGGUGACGGCGUACACAUUCCAGCAGGAACACGGUCGUAAGCACAUCAAUGAACCUGGCCUCAAGCAACUUCGCCAACGCGGAAGCAAAUUCUCGACUCUUGUGCAGAUGUUUGAGCACAAAAGUAUUCUGUUGCUCAUGCCGUGUACAAGUCUUCUAAGGUUGGACAACGAAGCACUGGAACAGAUGAAGUCACGAAUGGAACUCUCCGAUGACUUCGGUGAUCUGAAACAUCAACUAAAUAAGCAUGAAGUACUGGCUCAGAGCUUGAUCACGUUCGUUAAGCAAGUGCUUCUGUGUCAUGUACCCGUCCGAGAGCAAACAAGUAGCGAUGGCGCCAUGGAAGUUGUCGUCAAUGAGACAAGCUUGACACAAAGCCAAGAGGUAUUGCGCAACAGCGAGUGA